UGCCAGGACUUGAGAAUCACGACUGUUCUCAUAUAUAUAUAUAUAUGUCAAAUGUAAAUAAUAAUAAAUAUAAAACGAGAAGAGCGGGGAAGAGAGUAGUGAAAAGUGCAAAAUUUCUCCGGUUCCCAGUUUAUAAUCAAACGUUUGCAACAGUGUUUGUGAUCGAUAGAGAUAGAUCCAAAUGUUAACUGGUUCUGUAUAUUGUAAGUAACAAGUUGCAAAGACAAGAAAAACUUACUUCUUUUGAAAUCAACUAAGUACUUUGUUAAGUACUUUAUUACAUUUGUCAAAAUGACUUCAUUUGUAGCCGAUAUAUUGGUUACAGCAGGCAAGCUGAAAAAAGAAAAUCUUCAAAAAAGUAUUGUAGAAAUACAGAAGGAAAUCCGAAAACUAGAAUAUGAAGUCAAAGAUUUCAUGGAUGAAAAUUAUGUUGAGUUCAAUGCAAAAUUAACAAGAGACAUGCAUCUGGUUAAAAAGACCGAGCAGCUGUUAGAAGAAUCGGAUAUUUUAAAUACAAAAAUUAAUGAUCAAAUCAAGAUAAAGUUGUCUGGUUCGAAAAAAGAGUUACACACUCUGUUAGAAAUGUUAAACGAAUCAAACAUUAGCCUGCAAUUAACUAAUCAAUUAAUACAACUGCACGAGUAUAUAAAAUCAAUAAAAAAAACACAAGAAGAAGAGGAAUAUGUUGAUACCGCGGUGACUCUGCAACAAAUGCAUUCCCUGUUAAACAAUCCUCACGAUCUGUUAUGCGAUCUUGAAAUCUAUUCUGCGAUCAAGGACGAGUACUGCAAUCUAUUUCGUUCGUUUUCGAUAGAAGCGUCCAACCUGUUGAAUGAUCGAAUUUGCUGGAGCAACGAGAUAAUCAACGACAAGCCAAUGAACUCCCUCACCAUUAAGAGCGAGUAUGACGAUAUACAAAAACUGAUGCAAGGACUGCAUAUUAUUGAUCAUCUUGAAAAUAAUCUCCAAUUACUCUCGACAAAAUUGAUGGACUGUAUAAUCAAUCCCAUCAUUCACGAUCAUUGUUCGGUGCUUGUUGUCAAAGAAAAAGUGUUUAUCGUCGAAAUAUUGGAGAGGAAGAAGUUACCGUGUUACGAGAGCGUAUUGUAUAAUUUGACACUGCUCUUCAAGUUUAUUCAUCAGCAUUUGAAUUUGACAGUAACGGACGACGAGACGUUUCUGCAGAGAUUGCGACCUCAUUUGCUGGAGCAACUGUCUCACUCGUUAACGACAGAUUGCAUCUCGCACACUAUUCCAACUUCUAACGCAGAUCUCAAAAACUUCGAACCUGUUGUUAACACGACAAACGAAUUUCAAGAUUACUUGAUAGAAAUCGGAUUUCUUCCUAAAGACCAACUCUUCCUGUCGAAAUAUACCAGUAACAUUGACAAGCUUUUCAUUGAUAGGAUAUGUCAGGACUUCUUGGUCAAAGCUAGGAUUAUAAUGAGAAAAGAUCUGCACGAUUCCGUUCGAUAUGAACCACAAGAUCCGCCUAAACUUAUUAACAAAGCAUUUAAAAAUGGAUGCGAUGUAACCAUCGAAAAGAGAAUAAGCGAUAUGUCGUUUUUUCUCCCAAAAUGUCAGAUAAGCAAAAAUGCGCAAGAAACAUUAGAAUUAGCGAGAACGAUACUGGACGAAGCGUGCAACAGUUUGGACGCUUGCGCUGUUAAAUUAUUUCACACGUGUAGAAAUGUGUUUGACAUGUACGCCGGAUUGGUACCGGAACAUCAUAAAAAAUUCCUGGAAACAAUACCGCAACAAGUUGCUCUAUUUCAUAAUAAUUGUAUGUAUCUCGCUCACCAUUUGCUCACAUUGGCACACGAAUACAGAGACAGAUUCUCGAAGAAUGUGCAAAAAUAUAAUUUAACAUUCGCGGAUCAAGUCACGGUGCUUCGCGAUGCUGGCUCCCAGUGUUUCUUAGAACACAUGAAGUAUCAGAGAAAUAUAAUUUUCGACAUCAUCAAAGAUUCAGGUUUUACGGGAUUGGGUCUAACGGCCAAAUUAGAUCCCAGCACCGAACGUGCGUUGAGACAAUGUAUCAGGCAAUUGGAAUUAUUGAAAACCGUCUGGCUGGAUGUAUUGCCGACAAAUGUUUACUGCAGAGCUGUUGGAUGUAUAACAAAUUCCAUGAUUGAUGACAUUAUAACGAAGGUCGUAUCCGUCGAGGAUAUUCCAGCUAAAGUAGGAGCAGAACUGGUGUCUUUAUUCAACUUGGUGGAGAAACGACUGCCCCAGAUAUUUCCCGAUCAACAGAUUCAGCAGCAUGUGCGUAAGUGGGGAAAAUUUCUGGAAUUGAUUAAGGUGCUCGGUGCAUCCCUGAAAGAAAUCGAACUCAGAUGGGACAAUGGGAAGGGACCGUUGGCACAGGAAUUUACCGCCGCUCAAGUUAAACAACUGAUCCGAGCGUUAUUCCAAAAUACCGACCGAAGAUCUAAUCUCUUAGCUUCUAUAAGAUAAGAAAUUGUUUGUUAAAUAUUAAAAAAAAAAAAAAAAAACCAAUUUAGAAUACACAGAAGUGACGAAUAUAAGUUUAAACUUGCGUUCCGUGCGAAUGAUAUCGAGAUAUUUAUAUUAUACCCGAGACGAUGUUCAUAUAAUUUUAUAUACCUUUUUAUACGAGAAAAAAAUUAUAUGUAUCGUCAUUAUAAAAAUUAAAAUACAAAUUGCCACGGUAUGCUUUGGCAUUACGAUUAUCUAAUCUAAUGUUUUUUGAGACACAAGACGUAAUCGCAGUUCGGCUUUUUGAAAACUGACAUAUCAAGACACUUAACACUGAAAAUCGUACAUAGGAUUUUUUAGCGGCUUAAAUAUAUUUUUUAUACGUGACUCGUUGUAGAAAACAUACAGAAGAAUCCGAGGUAAUUAAUUUUUUUCAGUGUUAAGUAGAAUACUGUUUAAUGCACAAAUUGUAUAAUAUAAUAAAGACAAAUGUUUUUAAAUAACA